AAUACAAUUAAAAAAUACACUCUUGAAACCUUCCAACAACUAUUAAAGAUGAGUGAUGACCUACGCUAGUACACUUACCUAAAUUCUAAACACACCGAUUAUACAUGUGAAGUGGAAAUGAGUGGGUACAUAAAAAGAUGAUAACAAACCUUCGUCCGAACACAGCAUUCUGCAGAGAUUAAAAUAUUUAUAUGUUAAUAGUCAAUAGAUUAGGUUKAUUUAUUUAACCAAUCAACCAGUUAAUAAUAAUAUUCAAUCUACUUUGGUAAGUGUCUGUGAUUCCUGUCGAUCAUUAAAAUAUUUCAAUUUAGUCGAGGUAGAAUGUAUUUACCAGUUUUUCUAACUUUAAUUUUAAGUUUUAUGGUAAAACGAAACUAUUGUAAUGAAAAACCAGUGAUUGGAAUACUAACACAAGAAGUKCAUUGGUCCUAUAGUUUAAGAAACUUAGCACCAUCAAAUAACUCAUAUAUAGCUGCAUCUUAUGUCAAAUCAAUUGAAGCUUCUGGAGGACGAGUUAUACCAGUUUUCACAAACAGGACUACUGAAUAUUAUAUGGGUGUAGUGAACAAAGUGAAUGGAAUUUUGGUCCCUGGAGGAGGAUGUGCGUUUAAUAUUAGUUUCGGAAUCAGUCAAUCAACGAAUGAAAUUUUUCACAUUGCCAAACGUAUUAACGAUUACGGAGAUCAUUUUCCAAUACUUGGAAUUUGUCUAGGAUAUGAACUGCUUCUAAUCGCAUCCAUUGAUGGAAUAAACCCUCUGACACGCUGUAAUUCUAACAACGCAAAUUUACCUCUAAAUCUAAUACCAACAAUGGARGAAAAAAGUGUGUUAUUCAAAACAAUGCCAAAGGAUGUUCGAAACAUAUUACUUACAGAACCAGUAACAGCAAAUCAUCAUAAGUAUGUUUAA